AUGGCAAAUGAGGGUUACAAGGAGGUUACAAUGGGUAGCAUUUUACUAAAGGUGUUACAAGCCGAUAAUAAUUUUAUAAUAAACCGAUAAUAAUUUUGUCUGAACCAAAACUAACCCAUCGGCCAAUUAAAAAUUUCAACUGACCUAUUUUAAAUCAAAACGGUUCCAAACCAAAACGAAACCAAACUGAUUAACCGUUUUGACCGUGUUAGUUUUAUGGGCCGAGAUGCACUCUACAAAAUGCUUCAACAAGGUCGACUAAUCUGACAAGGUGUUUUAAGCUAUGGCAAAUUGGCAAACCUUGUCAAAAAAUUAAAAAAUUAAAAAAAAAAAAAAAAAAAAAAAAAAAAUCCAACCAACCAACAACCAAUGAGAUGGACUACGGUCCACCUAUAUUCCAACCAUUUUUAUAAAUAAAUAACUCUUACUAAGCUUUAAUGCUAUUUUUUUUUUAAGUUCCCACUAGAUCUACGAUCUGUCGAUCCCACUUGAAAAAUAAAAACAUCAGAUUCAUUAAUCCCAGAAACAUCCGUCUAACAAUUAACUUCAUCUUUGCUUAUUUUUCACAUAUUCACAUUCCUUUAAAGUUAGUCUUAAAAUAGACUAACCCCACCUCGCCGAGGCGCCCUCACACCUAAACCGUCACAAUGUUAAACACCAACAUCAUCUCAUCUGCCCUAUAUUUGAUCUUAUUAUCCUCUCAUCUUGGCCAUACCCUUUGUCAGUCCAGAUCCAAUGACAAAACCAUCAUCCUGCUCGCCGGGCAGAGCAACAUGGCGGGCAGAGGUGGUGUGAUCAAUGACCAAUGGGACGGUAUAGUGCCCGAUGACUGCAGUCCAACUUCAUCGAUCCUUCGCCUCAAUGCGAAACAUCAAUGGGUUGUAGCGACGGAGCCGCUUCACCGUGACAUUGAUACAAAUCAUACUUGUGGGGUUGGGCCAGCGAUGUCGUUGGCCCACGCAGUUGUGAGGAAAUCUUUUGGCAUUAGAGAGGUGGGGCUGGUGCCUUGUGCCGUGGGUGGGACUAAUAUUAGUCACUGGUCUCGUGGUGGUCAUUUGUAUAAUCAGUUAGUUAGAAGGGCAAAGGGUUCGUUGCGUGAUGGUGGGACAAUUCAAGCUUUGGGUUGGUAUCAAGGGGAGAGUGAUACGCUCUUAAAGCAAGAUGCUGAUGCUUAUAGAAGGAGAUUGUUGAAGUUUUUUUUGGAUUUUCGGACUGACCUUCAAUCACCUAUGCUUCCAAUUAUCCAGGUAGCCAUAACAUCAGGAGACGCGCGUUUCAUAGAAGAAGUGAGGCAAGCUCAGAUGGGAGUUGAUCUUAUGAAUCUCGUGACAGUCGAUGCCAAGGGACUGCCUUUGGAGCCAGAUAAUCUUCAUCUCACUACACAAGCACAGGUCGAACUUGGAGAGAAAUAGGCCCAUACCUUUUUGCAGUUCCUACCAGUACAUGUACAAAGUAAUGCUGGCAGUUUCUUAGUACAAAAUGAUGCUGCUAAUAUUUUACAUAAUAAUUUCUUAUACACAGCCCUUAUUGCUUUGAUCUUGAUUUUUCUUAGAUUGCAAUAGCAGUACAUAAACAUUAUUUUUUUCAUUUUUAAAUCCUCUACUUUGUUAACAUUAAAAUAUUUUAUUUGCUGUACAAGAAAUGAUAUUGAUAUAAUGAUUUUUUUUUGGCAAAAACCUUCUUGUAUUUCAAAUGUACUGUUAGUGUUAAUUUCAUAAACCUGUACAAAAUUGUCUAUUUGACAUAC